CUCUUUGUUCUUUCAGAUUUUGGGUUCAGUAACAUCUUCACACCUGGUCAGCUGCUUAAAACCUGGUGUGGGAGUCCUCCCUACGCUGCUCCAGAGCUCUUUGAAGGAAAGGAAUACGAUGGGCCAAAGGUUGACAUUUGGAGUCUCGGCGUGGUGCUGUACGUGCUGGUCUGCGGUGCUCUGCCCUUCGACGGGAGCACGCUGCAGAACCUGCGGGCGAGGGUGCUCAGUGGGAAAUUUCGCAUUCCAUUUUUCAUGUCCACAGAAUGUGAACAUCUGAUCCGCCACAUGCUGGUCUUGGACCCGAGCAAGCGGCUCUCCAUGGAGCAGAUCUGCAAACACAAGUGGAUGAAGCUCGGGGAGGCUGAUGCGGAGUUUGACAGGCUGAUAGCAGAGUGUCAGCACCUGAAGACCGAGAGGCAGAUGGAGCCGCUGAAUGAGGAUGUGUUGCUGGCGAUGGCGGACAUGGGGCUGGACAAGGAGCGCACAAUCCAGUCAUUAAGAGCCGAUGCUUAUGAUCACUACAGUGCAAUCUACAGCCUGCUCUGCGACCGUCUGAAGAGACACAAGAAUCUGCGCAUUGCAGCAUCUCCGAGUAUGCCACGGCCCAUGACCUUCCCCACCUCUGCUAACAUCCAGCAGACAGAACAGACAGGCAAUACCAUGAGCAUCAACGUGCCACAAGUCCAGCUCAUCAACCCUGAAAACCAAAUUGUAGAGACUGACGGAACGAUGAACUUGGACAGCGAUGAAGGGGAAGAGCCGUCACCUGAAGCUCUGGUCCGUUACCUUUCCAUGAGAAGGCACACAGUUGGAGUAGCUGACCCACGGACGGAAGUCAUGGAAGAUCUGCAGAAGCUCCUGCCUGGCUUCCCCCGUGUCGCUCCUCAGGCUCCAUUCCUGCAGGUGACUCCGAAUGUGAACUUCAUGCACAAUGUGCUGCCUAGGCAGAACCUGCAGCCCACGGGUCAGCUGGAGUACAAGGAGCAGUCCUUGCUGCAGCCCCCCACCCUGCAGCUGCUGAACGGCAUGGGCCCUCUGGGGCGGCGGGCAUCGGAUGGCGGAGCUAACAUCCAGUUACACGCACAGCAACUGCUGAAACGUCCUCGAGGGCCGUCCCCGCUCGUCACUAUGACGCCAGCUGUCCCAGCUGUCACCCCUGUGGAUGAGGAGAGCUCCGACGGGGAGCCAGAUCAGGAAGCUGUGCAGAGAUACUUGGCAAAUAGGUCAAAAAGGCACACUCUGGCAAUGACCAACCCUACAGCUGAAAUCCCUCCAGACUUGCAGAGGCAGCUAGGACAGCAGUCCUUCCGACCCCGGGCUUGGGCUCCACACCUGGUACCCGAUCAGCACCGUUCUAUUUACAAGGACUCAAAUACUCUGCACCUCCCCACCGAACGCUUCUCCCCGGUUCGGCGCUUUUCUGAUGGUGCUGCCAGCAUCCAGGCUUUCAAAGCCCACCUGGAGAAGAUGGGCAAUAACAGUAGCAUCAAACAGCUUCAGCAGGAGUGCGAGCAGCUUCAGAAGAUGUAUGGUGGGCACAUGGACGAGAGGACGCUGGAGAAGACACAGCAGCAGCACAUGUUGUACCAGCAGGAGCAGCACCAUCAGAUCCUUCAUCAGCAGAUUCAGGACUGUAUCCGGCCACCCCAGCCAUCUCCACCCUUGCAAGCUCCGUGUGAAAACCAGCCAGCUCUGCUCACUCACCAGCUUCAGAGGUUACGGAUUCAGCCAUCCAGCCCGCCCCCGAACCACCCUAAUAACCAUCUCUUCAGGCAACCAAACAGCAGCCCACCUCCUGUGAGCAGCAGCGUGCUCCAGCCCCACGGUGCCGCCUCCCAGUCCCAGUUCCAAGGGCUGCCGUCCCACAACACAAUCUUCCCGCAGUCCGGUAACUGUUCCCCUCCCCCGAACAUGGGGCUGACGUGCCUGGGCCUGCAGCAGCAGUCGCAGCCUCAGCAGGUCACUAUCCAAGUGCAGGAGCCCGGCGACAUGGUCAGCAACAACCUCCUGCAAGGGGCCUCGGUGGCCGGGCAGGGCAUGUCCUCCCACGCGCGGGGCAUGCCCAUCAGCCCCGGCGCCAACCAGAUCCAGAUGCAGCACCGCGCUAACCUGAUGGCCUCCCUCACCUACGGCCACAGGCAGCUGUCCAAGCAGCUCAGCGCCGACAGCGCCGAGUCGCACAGCCUGAACGUGAGCAGGUAUCCCCCCGCCAACUACGACCAGGUGCACUUACACCCCCACCUGUUCCCAGAGCAGCCUCGCGUUUCCCCCAGCAACUACAGCCCCGCGGGAGGAGUUGGGUUUCCUCCAGCUCAGCAAGCUCUGAAAGUCCCGCAGCUCGACCAGUAUCCCAGUUUCCCUCAGAACGCACAUCAGCAACAGCAGCACUACACUGCAUCGGCACUACAGCAAGCACUGUUGUCCCCAACGCCUCCCGACUACAGCCGACACCAGCAGGUACCGCACAUCCUCCAGGGACUGCUUUCUCCCCGGCACUCGCUCACGGGGCACACGGACAUGCGGCUGCCCCAGGCAGAAUUUGCACAGCUCAUCAAACGGCGGCAGCAGCAGCAGCAGCAGCAAGAAUUUCAAGAGUUGUUCAGGCAUAUGAGUCAAGGGGAUGCUGGGAAUAUGGGCACCAGCGUGGGACAGAACCUCUCGGAGCGCCAGUCGUUGUCUUUGCCUUAUCAGAGCGCUGACGCGUACCACCCGCAGAACAGCCCCCAGCAUCUCUUAAAAAUCAGGGCGCAAGAAUGUAUCCAGCAGGUACCUGCGUCAGUGCCGCCGCACGGAUACGUACACCAGCCAGCCCUGUUCCAUUCGGAGAGCAUGGAGGAGGACUGCGCGUGCGAGGGUGCCAGGGACAGCUUUCCAGACAGUAAGAGUUCAAACACAUUGACCAAAGGUUGCCACGAGACCCCUCUGCUCGUAAAUGCAGGAGGGCACGGGGACCCAGAAUCUUUGCUAGGAACUGCUAAUCACGCGCAGGAGUUGGGGACGCAUCAAUACAGACAUCAGCCCGCGGCUGCUGGAUUCAGUAGGAAUAAGGUGCCCAGCAGAGGUAAGGCUUCCCACCGCUCGCGUAGCUGAAACGCUCCGCCGUGCUGGCCGCGUGCCGCUUGCCUUCCUGCCGGAGGACGCCGCCUCUACCCAGCACGGCAAGGGCUUCGUGACAUAUUUUGCAUAGCGUGGAAU